AUGAAUUUUUGCCUUCGCAUUAUUAUAAUGACCCGUGGUUUAGUAGAGUCAAAUUACUUUAUUCUAUAUCUUUUUUUAUAUUUCAUAUUGUUGACUUUAUCUAUUUGUCAAAUAACUACAUAUACAACUGGUGCACCAGAUAGAAGCUAUUAUUUUCCUAUUGGAUUUAAUAUGGCAUCAUAUUAUCAAGGCCCUAGUAUUAGUGAUUAUUUAGCUAUUGAUAGUCAAACAACAAACUUUAUAAGCCCUUGUCAAUUUAUGCAUCCAAUUACGAUACAAUUUAUAGGAAUGUAUCCUGAUUGUAAUGAUACUCCAAUAAAAUCUAUUGAAUGCGAUUUAAAUGUAUUGAGGUUGAAAUUAUCAAAUUCACAAUUUUCACUAAGUUAUAACUUUUUAUAUGAUGCUUGCAACAUGUUAGCUAAUAUUUUAAAAAAUAGUACAACAAGUUAUGCUAAUUUUGAUGGUGCAAAUAAUAUUACUAUUUGGUUAGAAGGAUCUAAAUUAGAAAGUAUUGUCUCAAAAAUAAAUGAAAAUAUUCCAAAUAAUAUCCCAACAAUUUUACCUUCAAGUGUAGAGUAUCAAUUUGAUCAAACUAUUUUUGGUAGUAAUAUUAAUAGUUCAGUAGGUAUUGGACCUUAUUUAUUCAAAACAAUAUCAUUUCCACUUUUAGUAAGUGUCGAUUAUUCUUCAAUAAUGCCUGGGGUAAAUUCAUAUGGUACUAAUGUUCCUUAUAUAAGAUUUUCAAUGAAUCUAUCUCUAAGCUUAGAAAAAUAUCACCAAGAAGUAAGUUUAUCUUCUUUAUGGACUCCUAUAUAUGGAUUUGGAGGAUACUUUCCUUUAAUAAUUCCAAAUGACAAAUUUCCGAAUAGUGUGAUUUAUACUACAUUUACAAAUAUUUCAAUGUCUGAUUCAUUUGUAGCAUGGGGAAAUAUAAAUAUACCAUUAACAAGUCCAUUAAUAAGACUAAUUCCUCCAUCAAAUAUUCCAAAUACUUCUAUCAACUGUACAAGUAAUUUUGACUUUUAUUAUCCAUCAAUUAUAACACCUAAUGGGGAAGUAAACGAAUAUCCAAAAAAUUUGUCCUCCCUAUUAAAAAAUGAAACAAAUGAAUUUAUAAUUAGAAAUACAAUCUCUGGUCAAUCGUAUUGGAAUAAAAUCCCAUUUGGUGCAAAUUGGUAUACUGUAGGAUUUCCAGUUUCUUCUCCUAACUGUCAGUGGAUUGAAACGGGUAACUAUUUGGGAGGAUGCUAUUAUAAUGGUACAUUUCCACUUGCACCUAAUAUAUUAAAUAAGGGAUUUAAAGAUACUUUAUGUAGUCAACAAGUUCAAAAUACUUCUGAUGUAUACAUGUCUGCAUUUUACCCUCAACCACUAGAAUUUGUUGGCUAUGGUGUUUCAGAUUCUCAGACAUUAAUAUCAGGAUUAUAUCACUAUGGAAUGCUUAAAUCAGAGAAAAAUAUAAAAGAUACCUUACGAGAUCCAGAUACUAUGUAUUUUGGGAACUAUCCAUCUUAUCACCUAGUUGCAAAUACAGCACCAGUUCAGAUUACAUCCCCUACUCCUCGUUUAAGUGCUCCAUUUGUUCAAUAUUCUGGUAGAAAUAUGGAAAUAGGUGAUCCUUUUUUUAAUUUUAAUUUUCAGUAUAUGCAGGAUAGGUUUGGACAUUGUGCUGAACCAAAUGAAUGUUGGCAGUGUUCAAAUCCUCGUAUAAUACCUUGGAAAGUUAAACCAAUUGAUCAGCAGAAUUUCAUAGAAUUUUGUACAUCGAAUAUAACUGAAAUAAAUAACUUUGAAAUGAACCAAUUUAGAUAUUAUUAUGGAGAAUUUGGUGAUACAAUUUCUGAACAGCAAGAAAAUGGGGUAUCAUCAUGCAUAAUUAGUAACCCUAAUAGAUGGAUACCAGUCGCUAAAAACGCAACAAAUUUUACAUUGGAGGCUGGAAAUUAUCAUACAGAUAGAAUCUUUAUAUAUUAUUCAAUCUCAAAUGAUACAUGUUGCUCCCCACUAAAUGCUUUUGUAUUUUUCCAAUAUUACUAUACAAUAGUAACUAGUGAAUAUCAACCUAUUCAGUUGACUCAAAUAGUUCCUUAUACAGAUCCAUUUGUGGGUGCAAUAUUACCUGGAAUAUUUAUGAAUAGAGGUUUCUCAUAUUCUUUUUAUAUCGAUGUUUUUCCUGAUAAUAUUUGGACAGAAAAUAGUUUAUUAAUUUUAAAGUCUUGGUUACUAUGUCCAAAUAUUUCAAACAUUGAGUUAGAAAUAUAUCCAAAGAAUGUAAAAAUAAAUGAUAUUCUUAGUAUUGGAGGAAAACUUGGUGCAUCUAUUUAUAUUCCUCCUUAUACAAUGCAAACAUAUUAUUAUAAGCCGACAUUUUGUGUUAUGAGAGCAGCUAUUUUCGUUAAUGAGACAGUUGCACUAGCUAAGACAUCUUACUUUGAAACAAUAAACUUUGAAGAAUAUAAGGAUAAAACUGUGAAGGUUUAUUCAUCAGAUGAAGGAGUACAUGAAUAUGUUGAAUGGUUACUAGUAAAUAAUGGAUUUAUAUCUUUUGGAUCCAAAGUAUUGGAACCAAAUCCUGGAAAUACAUCAAUUACAGAUGCAAUAUAUACUGCAAUGAACAUAUCUCAUCAAUAUAAUUUCACUAUUUCUCCAUUUCUAUUUAAUGCUAUAGCAUUAAAUACCCCUGUAUUUACCCCAGAUAGUCAAGUAUUUGAGAUGAUUAUUGCUGGACAACACAACCGUUUCGGGUUAAGAUUACCUGCAACACAACCUCAAUGGUAUGUAUACUUGCGUAAUACAGAUAAGUGGGAUCAAGGUUGUUUCGUGCCUUGUAAAGGAGAUAUGAAUAGAACACCCUAUUUUCAAUGGUGUAUCCCAGAGAACAACAGCGAAACUUAUAAUUAUAAUAUUUGUAAUUACACAGUAAUAAAGACUUCUGCUUUUGAUUCACAAAGUCAAAUUGAAGAUGCAAUAGCUGUAGUGACAAAUCCAGUAUCAUACUUAUCAUAUGUUGACACAAUGAGUUUAGUUAAUGCAUUAUUCUCUCAACCAUUAUCAGUUGAUAUUAUAUGGAAUGAUUAUUUUGAUAUUAUAUAUCAGUAUGCAAUUGAAAACAAUAAUGUCCCAUUUAAUCAGGACUAUCCAUUUGCCCAACCAAUAACAUUAUCUGUUAUAAAUAGAAUUCUUUCAACUUCCUAUUAUAAUCCAGCUAGUUAUAUAAAUACAGAUUUACCGUUUAAUUCUAUAAGAAGAAUAUACAAUACUAUUGAAUGUUUUUUAAUUGAUGGAAUAAAUAAUUUAGUAAUGAAUACUACUGAUUUGCUAAUAAUAACAAAUCCUUUCAUAAUAACAAAAGAAAAAUAUAAGAUAAUAUUUGAUAUUUACCAAUCAAUAGCAGCUAGAAGAAGCUAUGUACAAGGAGUUAAUAGUAAGUUCGAAUUUUUCAUAGAAAAAUCUGGAAUGAGCAUAUUUAGCUAUACUUACAAUCAGCUGGAUUUGAAUGAAGGAAUUUCAAUAGGGGGUGUAAAAUUUCCAAAGAUUAAUAUAUCUCAAUUUUCUAAUUACUAUUUUCAAUUACAUAAUGGAACUUAUUUUCAAGAGAAUCCAGAGUGGUACAACAUAUCGGCAUCUGCUCAGGGUUUAGAACUAUGUACAAAAAGUCAUUUAACAAUAACAACUGUUAAAGCUAACAACUAUCUAACUAAUUUUCUUAUAUCAAAAGUAAAUAAUAUAGUUAGUAAUUAUCCAUUAAUUUUAAGUACGAUUGUACUUUGUACAAUUGAAUUUGAAGUAUGGGACCUUAGUGAUAGCUUAGAAUUCUCAUUUUAUUCUUAUUGGAAUACAACCUUGGAUUAUUCAAAUAUAAAGUGUGCUGCAAAGGAUAGGAUAACAAAUAAUUUAGAUAUAAAACAUUGCAAAACAAAAUUAUUUUUUAAUAGUAUGGAACAAAAGGUUGAAUUUAAGUGUUUCUGCAAUGCAAUAACAUAUUUUGGUUUAGUUGGAUCAUUGCAAUCAUUUUCUACUAAAACUUUAAAUAAAGAGGUAUUAUCUUAUAACAACAUACCAAAUACUAUACAGCCAUUUAUGUCAAUAGCCUAUUCAAUGAUCAAUAGCUUUUGUAAUGACUGGAUACCAAUAAAUAUUCAGCUUCACAAUAUACCAAAAUCUAUAUUAAAUAUACAACCAAAACUGAACUUUGAGUGCAUUUUACCAGAUCAAAUAUAUUCAAGUAAUGAAUUCUGCAUAUCAAUAGCAAAUUUACUAGAAAAUUCAACCAACUCAUAUUCUAGGAUAGGUAUGAAUAUGAAUAUUACAUACUUUUUAUUACCAAGUUUACUUAAUAAAGAACUUUUACCAAUAAACCCUCAUAUAUGGAGGCCUGAUAAUACAACAUUUAACAAUUUAAAAUUUAAAGGAGUUUCAGUUUUUUUAAAUAUCUCAGUAAUAUGGAAUAAAUCUGAUGGACAUACUGUAUUUUCUUUGUAUAAUAGUUUACUAUUUGAUAUUUUUAUGACAGAGACUAAGACUUUUAAUAAUAGCCUAUUAUCUAUGUACUUUAAAAAUAGUUAUAUUAGAGCACCUAAUACAUAUCUUAAUGGAAACUUACCAAUUGUAUCAAUGAUUCCUAGCAUUGUUCCAUUUUCAAUGUCAAGUACUAGUAAAUCAUGUAAGAUGGAAGCAAGCCUUUUGAGUAAUAAUCCUGAAAUUACCUACUUUUUUUCAAAAAUCAAUAAUUUACACAUGAAUAAUUUAGCUUUCAAUUCUUCAUUAGAUAUAAGUGCAAUUGAAUGUAUAGCAAAUAUAAAUAAUACAAUGAUGCAAACUAUCGAAAUUUUAAAUUGUUCAAAAGGAAAUGAUAAACCUCAUAAUAAUUUGAUUUUUCAAAAUCCAAUAUAUGGACCAAUAUCAUUACUAAAAAUAGAUACAUCUCUCGCUUCAAAUACAGUAAAAAUGUCUCAAAAUUCUAUUAUACUAAAUAGUGAAAUAAUAACACCAAAUAUUAAAGGAUCUCUUCCUACGGUUAUAUCGUCAAAGUAUCCACUUUUAAGUGUCAAUGUUGGAAGAUCUCUUACUUUUGAUCAACAAAUGAUUUCCUUUGGGUACUGCUCUUCAAUCUCUACAGGUUGCGAUUCUUGUAGAUGGACAAGUAGCUAUCAACCUGCCUUCCAGUUCCUAAAUAGUAAAUUCAAAUAUUUUUGUGCUACAACAAAAGAAUCAGAUGAAAUUGAAGCUAUUAGUCAAGGAUUAUUAAAUACUUGCCUAGAAGAUGGCUCAUAUUGGGGCAAGGCUUGUUCUAAAUCCCAAACAAAUUCAACUCUUUUGGGUAAUUCUACAAAUGUAAUUAUUGAAACUAUUCCACAAGAUUCGUUGUAUUAUUUAGUUCUGUCUAUUGGUUUAACAGAUACUAAAAUGCAUGUCACAGGUUGUAAAUCUUUUGUCAUAAAAUCAGUCCCAGAUCCUCUACCAUUCAUUAUUAUUUCACAACAAGUCUCUGAACCUAUUUCACUAGGUCAUAAUUCAUUUAUUAAUUUUCAGAUAACAUACACAAACAAUCCAUUGUGGAGUAAUAUGGUAGUAAAAAAUUUUGCUUAUGCUUACAUCCCAAGUAUAGGAUAUGUUCCUUUAGGAGUUUAUCCUAAUGAGUUCAAUUUAACUAAAUUAGAAGUUAUAGAUAUACAAAGAAUUGAUAUCUCAAUAUAUCUUAAUUUCACUUCAUUAAGUAUUAAUACAAAUACUUUUCAAUAUGCUACAGUAUUAUUUAUAAUGUUAAGAGAAGAUAUUGAUUACUUUGGUGAAUCAAAUCUCACUAUUAUUAGAGAACAAACUGAAUUACAAAACUUACUAGGUAUAAAUGGUUAUGUUGCUUAUACAUGGAAGGAUAUUCCAAUAUUAAAUUUUAAUGAUAAUAUAGAAUUAAAGAUAUUAUCUGCCCCUUUUGGGAUAUCUGCAGUUCCAUUAAAAUAUAAUAUUACAAGUUAUUCUAAUAAGGUUAUAUUCAGGUAUUCGUUACUAAUAAUGGAUAAUCCUAUACUAAAUGAUAGUACUAAUGCAAUUCUUUUAUCAUAUUUAUCAUCAGACAUUCCAGAUUUUGUACGUUUUCCAUCAUUGUCAAGUAAUUGGAAAGUGUACUUAAUUAUUCAUGAUAAAACUAAUUAUCCAUUGUGUAGAAUUGAAUGUGAAACAGAAAUAUUUGGUAAUAAACACUAUAGUCGCAUGUUUUGCUUAGAAAGUAAUGUUCCAAUCUGUCCUUAUGAUCUUAUAAGGAAUCAACAUUUAGAUCCAAAUAAAUUCCAAAAAGAUACUAUAAUUCAAGAUUUUGUCCUAAUGAAAAAAUAUUUUACCUCAAAAAUAAUGGGAUUCAACUCAUUUGAUCAAGUAAUGACAGGAGCCAUUAUUUCAAAUAAUUUAAAUAUAUUUUCAUUAGAUAAAAUUCAAGAUAUUGGAGAGACAUGGAUCUCACAAUAUAUACCUAAAAUAUAUCAUGAUAUUAGCACUUCUUAUAUAAAUCUACUUUCAAUGAUCUCAAUAAUAAAAUAUAUUAUUUCAUUAGGGAAAGUAACAACUUUAUUAAAAUGGUGGUCACAAGAAGAAAUAAAUAAAUUGGUUCUUAAAAGUGAGUGUGGUUAUAAUUAUGACUAUCCUUACUUAAUAACAGAGCUCCUAGACUAUGUAAUUGCCUUUAAUUUAGCUCAAAAUUAUACAAAUAUAGUAUCCUUAUUAGGUUGUGCUUCAGUUAAUCAAUGGUCUCUAAGAAAUACAUUAAAUACGUCAAUUUCAUUAAAUGGAAAUAAAAGUGGAGUGUCUAUCAAUGCAGAAAUAUUUUCAUAUAUAAAUCUAUUAAAGGGAGUUAAUACAAAUCAUGGAAUGUAUAUUUCUUCUAUUAAUUUCUCAGGAGACAUUAAUUUAUUAAACCCUGUAUUUACUAAAAAUAUAUUCUAUACAAUAAAUGAAAAGAUUACUGGAUAUAAUAAAACCUGGAGUUCUAGUUUAUUUUCUCAGUGUAAUGAUAUUCGGUACACAAUUAUAUCAAUAAAGUCCCCUUAUCAAUCUUAUAUAAAUGAACUAAUUCAGUAUGAUGAGACUAAUAAUACAGACAAAUACUUCACAAUAAUGCAAAGUUAUAUAUCUCGAUGUGGGAAUGAAUUCCAACUUUUUAAUUUGAAAAAUAAUUUAACUUUAACAAUAGAUCCUAAAUAUGUUCCAAAAGUUUUACCAAGUGGACUUGUAUCCUAUUCAUGUGCUGUAAAAUCUGAUAGUGGCGUAUGGCUCACAGAAAAUUGCAUUACUCAGCAAAAUUCGGAUAUAUUAACUUGUCAUUGUAAUAUACUUGGAACAUACGGUGUGAGUAUUAAAAAACAACAAUACCUUUCUAAUCUAAGCAUUACUCUUUCUCAUAAUCCGGGUUCUAUACAAUAUGUACAAGUAAAUCAAAACUCUUUCGAAGUAAUUAAUGGGAAAUUUCUUUAUAAUAACCAAGAAGUAAUGAAUAUUCCAAUUCAAAAAGAUAUAAUAAUAAAUUCAAGUGGUCUUAGUGUAGAUGGAUUCCCUAUUCCUAUCAAUAAUUCUAAUAUUUUCCUUAAUAUUACCAGUUUUAGCAUAAGACAAAGUGGGAUCUUUGGGACUAUAACUAUAGAAUCUAAUGAAUUUAAUGGAACUCUUAGAGGACAAAAUUUUUUGAGGAAUAAUUUAUAUAGUAGUCAUUAUGAUCAAAAUCAAACUAUUGUUAUUAUAUAA